CCGUCUCUCUUGGCCAGCGGACAGCCGCGGCAAGUUUUUCGCAGACAGUGGUCAGAAAUUUGAAAAUCAGUGCUUCGUUUAAGUGAGGAUACUUGUGAAGUCGGUCCUGAAGUGUCGGAGAUGUGGUUCCCUUCAUCGAGACUUGAUCCGAGCGCUUGACUCGUGGAAGUGUGACGUUUUACCCAGUCAGCCGAUCCUUCGAGAGUAUCGCCGACCACACAUGAAAUCCAGCCAUGGAAACCAGUUCGAGCGGGAAGACCCGUCACCAGUAUACAAGGAGGGACGAUAAGCUAAUCAUCCAGUACCUUCUGGAUACCAAAGACGUCUCGAAAUUAGGAGGUAACGAGGUCUGGAAACGCCUCGAGAUAUGUAAGAAGUAUAACCCGAAUAGGCUCUCCUACCACUCUCUGAAAGAAAGGUGGCGGAAGAUUAUCGUGAAGCAGCUGCCGAUGUAUAAAAUUACUGCCGCCCAAAUCAAACUAUUGACGGCGAAAACGCCUGGCUUGAGGGAGUCGAUGAAGAGGAGUUGUCUCGACGUGUCCUCGGAUGAGGACGACUAUCACCAUCCAGACUCAGGGGAACCGAUUCGAGCGAAGAGGCGCCCCGGUGGAAUUGUGAACUCCUCGCUCAGAACUUGUCCGGGAUCCGCGAUGGAAUCUAACUCGAACAAGAUCAACCCUGGCGAAGGUGAUAUCGAAGAAAUAGGGGACGAAGAAGAAGACGAGGAAGUUGAAGAUACCCUUAAACUUGAGAAAUCUGAGAGACGUUCCAAGAAGCGCUCUCUGUACCAUGACGACGGCGGAACUCCCCAACUGACAGACGGAGAAUCGCUCUUCAUGGAGGAACAUUCGCCAGAUCGCCUCCUUCGAAUAAACUCGGGAACUAUCGCGAGAAAUCGAGUGUCUCUGAGAGCGACUCAUUCGGCGCGAAAAAGCACCACGAGCAAACCUAGCACAGACAGUGCAGAAUCUCCCGCGAACACGCGGAACAGCCGCAAAGGCAUACGUGCCCGAGCGACACGUCUGCUUUCCGAAGAAGAGACACCGCCUGUUGAAGUCGAGGCGGACUCCGGAGUACUUGGACAGAGGGAAACUCGUCAAGUGCGCUUCGAAGAACAGAACUCCAUCGAAGCAACGAUUUCCCCGAUCAUCGAGACCUCCCCCACAGGAUAUAGAGAGAAGCGGCCAGACGAUGACGAGUCGCCCGAGGAUCUGGAAGGAAUCAUGCUUGGAGCCAUGUUGCCUUCUCAAAGUGAGCCCUGUGUAUCUACGCGUACGCGAUCCUCGUCAAAGGACAACGAUCAUGGUGGCGCUUCUACUCCCCCGACGACAUCGAGCUCUCUACCUGCCGUCGAUGCGCAAAAUAUAAGGCUCCACAAGAGGAAACUCACGCAAACGGCUUUGAUGCCCGAGAUCAAACAAGAAGUCGACGAUGGGAACCAAGAGCUACCAUCCUCCUCAUCGUCGAUCAAUACUCCCAUCAGGAUCUCGUCGCAAGAUCUGCUCCGUAGCGCAGUCUCCGACACGCAGAGAGACAGCGAUGAUAGCUACCACAGUGCGCCUCAGAGUCCCGUCAGGAAGAGACGACGUCAAGAAACAUCGGCAGUACAGAGCGCUGUGACGACUUCAGAAACGACUUCGGGUCUUGUUUUUCACAUGUUAGUGAGUUCCGCUCCACAUUACCCUCUAUAG